AUGGCGUUUAUGAUGCCUGUAGUCAAAAACGAGUGGGAUAUUUACAAGACUAACCGUAGUAGAAGAUCCUCGGAAUGUUCUAAUCCUCAGGCGUGUCGUAGUCGUAAGGUAUCUGAAUGUUCAAAGUCAGAAGGGCCAUCGCUCUCAACAUCACCAGGGUCAGAUUUUUUAACAUCCCCUGCCCACCGGUCAGUAGCAAUGUCACGUCAUUUUUCGCGGACUUCAUCACGAACAUCUCAAAGUUCUCUCCAAAGUCCAUGCAAAAGUACUGGAUCAUCACCACCUAAAACUGGUAGUUCAAAUUCCCUCAACAAAUUUCACAAUCGUCUGGUAGAUAAACUUAAAAGGUCAUUAAAAAAAUCAGACGACAGUGGUGAAGAUCAAAGAAAUUUAUCGUGA